AUGCAAGAUGAAGCUUCUAUGUCACUGGUCCUUGGGACUCCUUUCCUUACAACCGUGGGAGCAAUGUUUGAUUUUCGCAAGGGACAAGUCUCUUUCUCUGAAAUCAAGAAGAAGGUCUUCUAUCCUGGCGUUCCUACUGAAACCUCAUGUUGUACAACCAUCUACAGUGAGGAGAGAGCAAUUUUAGACCCUGGAGAUGACAUUAAAAGGUCACAAGACGUUCCUCAAGAAGCUCUCUACAUUAGGUCUUAUGACAUUUACAAGCCGGCACAAGGUGAAUGCCAAGGUGUUUCAAGUGAUAGUGGUUCAGUUUUGGCUCCUAAAGAUCAUCAUACAUGGGAUGUUUUCAAGCUUGAGACACGUCCUAGAGCACCACCAAGACCAGCACCAUCCGAAUCUCCUUGGUAUAGACACAUUGCCAACUACCUUGCUGCUGAGCACCCACCACCUCAAUUCUUUGGCUACAAGAAAAAGAAGUUCUUAAGGGAUGUUAAAAGGUACAUCUGGGAUGAACCUUGUCUUUAUAAAGUUGGAGCUGUUUUUGGCCAGAAGAUUGACGAGAAGGUGAAUGUAAUCUACUAUGCUAGCAGAACUAUGGAUGAUGCUCAAGUCAAGUAUGCAACCACUAAGAAGGAGCUCCUUGCUGUUGUCUUUGCCUUUGAGAAAUUUCGCAACUACUUGGUUGGAUCCAAGGUGAUUGUCUACACAGAUCAUGCUGCUCUUAGACACAUCUAUGCUAAGAAGGAUACAAAACCCAGGCUUAUUGGAUGGUUUUUGUUGAAAUAUUGA